AUGGCUCAUGCAGACACCGGGACCGUACCAAUCGCAGACCUCCAACCUGGCCUCCAGCGUGUAGACGAUAGCACGGUGGAAGGCAUCGUUACUCUUACUUGGCCCUACUCAUCCUCGACGAAAUCCACAAGCCUUCUACUUGUCGAGCCGGACUUCCGAUUGCGCGCGCGACGCGGACAAGUUCGGCUUUUCUUCCACGGAGCGAUCGCAAAGACAGUCUCACUGGCAGCUGUCGCGAGUGGUGACAAAUUGUUGCUCAAAUUGAGGGGUGCGCAAUGGGCGAAAGAUGACUCUGCAGCUUCCACGCCUGGGAAAGGUAUAGAAUGGAGACUGGAAUUUCGUGAAUACUUGGAUGUCAAGAUUCAAAGAGAAAGUGGGGACGUCAUCCCAGUGUUUAUCGACCAUCCUUCCUCGUCGUCCGAAGCCUCGUCGGAGCACACUACAGCCCCGCACUCGCCCGCUCCCAUUCACGAUGCUUUGCCACCAUUUCAGAAGACGCAGAUCCAGCCUUUUGGAGCUGGGGAAACGUGGUAUUCACCCGCAAUACUCAAGCGAGCUCACCUUUCAGCUACGACAUACGAUCCAUUCUCCGACGAUGAAGAAUUUCCAGAUAACGGCAGGCAGAAAAAGUUGAGAUUUGGACGUGGCAGCGGACAAUGGAGGUUUGCAGAUCGGACUCCUAGCCCUGUGAAGGAACUGGCAGAUGUCGUCAUGGUUGAUGAAACUCCCUCUAAAGGAGCACCCAAGUCACCAGCCGCUGCUUCUCCCGAGCAAGAUGUCGAGAGGCAAAUUGCGGUUGAGAUUCCUGCGGAGGACCAGAUGGUAUUCGUAGACGUUCAGGGCACGGAUCCGAAUGAGCACUCUACCGAAGCUACGCUAGAGGGCGAUGAAAAGCAGAUUCAAGUGGCUCCAAAUGAAAUUGUUGUAGAGGUCGGGGCAAGCCAGGAUUUUGCCGACGAGUCGACUCUUCCUCGUAACUCAGAAGCUUCGAACGGGGCAGGCAGCAAAGGUCCUCCAGGGCAAAAGAACGUGGAGACUGUUGAUAAUCAAAGCCAGUUGUUGGAUGCAGGACAACCGGGCCGGGUAUCAUUGCCAGCUCGUGACAUUUUCGUAGAUGAGUCGACAAAGUCUUCGCCUCCUUUGGGACAGCCUGUUGACGAUGGCUCAUUGCAAGUAAAACAAUACAAUAGCCAAGCGUCCAAUCUUUUUGUGAUAGACACGAAUACGACUGCCACGGGCGGCGACGAUUCUGAAAGCGUCUCAGGGGAUACAAGCGUAGAUGAAAAAGCCGCUUCUAUCGCCGAUCUGGAAGCCAAUAAAACUUCUAUCAAUGAAGACAUGCGGAGGGAAACGCAAGUGGACUCAGGCCUUGAAGGGCGGAUCGUCCAUGACAGCUGGCGCGAGGAUGCAGAGCACUCGGACGAAGUGAUUACAUACAAUGAAGACCCUCAAAAAGGAGCUCCAAGUCCAUCAUCUUCUCCAGGAGAUAUCAACAUGACGGGUGCAGAAGUGUCUAUGUUCGAAGCAAGUCUGCCACCAGAAGAUUUGCUUGCACAUAAGCCCCCGUCUGAUCCUGAAAUUUACUACGAGCAAGAUCAUCUAAACAGUGAGAUCCAUUCACAGCCAGAUGACCUCUUCAAUCAUAUCGACUCUUUCGGAGAUGAGUCUGUAAACGCUGCCUCAUCGGAGCCUGCUACUCAGCAGCAAGCGACCGAUUAUGCAGCGGUUGAGAAGGAUCCAUCUGAUAUUGAGAUCGUGGACUCUAUGGAACCGAAUGAGAAUGUACAGGAGCCAGUCAAUCUUGAUGAGCCGACAAGAACCUCAACGCAACCCGAAGCUCGAGAUGACGCAAAUGAUCAUGAGCAGCUGGUACAUACUUCUCAUCAAGAAAUGAGAGAUGCAAACGUAGGUGAAAGGAUCGACAGGGCGAUGUCUAUGGAUCAGCUAGAUGCUGAGGAUAGCUUCGGGAAUUUAUAUUCUGAACCUAAAAAGCAAGAUGAGCUCAAAGUUGAAGACGAGGGGCCGACCCACAGAGCAAGCACUGAGGAGACUUCGCAACAGGAUACAACUGUUGUUUCAAUUUUGAAACAGCCGAAAUGCUUUGACACAGAAGACGAUCAAGCAUAUCGGCCACGGACAACGCGAGAGCUAUCUCAGGACCCGAAGGAAAGUGCGGUCGAGACAUUCGUAGAGCCCCCAGCGACUAUUCCAGACUCUGUGAUACCGUCCAUGAAGUCUCAGCUUCUGACCCCAAGUACAACUCAAAAGACGAGCUUCAGAUCUGAGCCCUCCACUGUAUCACUACAUACGCAGCUGGAGGAUGACACCCUGCCGACGCCCAUCGCAACCCAACCAGUAACUCAAGACUCAAUGGGAGAAGGAUCUGGACAUGUUCCUGAGAGCCUAAGUAUAGCAGAGCCGCCGGCUAGGCAAUCAAGUGUAAACAUCGAAGCUCCAAAACAGACCUCUACCGACAAACUUCCAAGCAGUCCGCCUAUCUCUCCAAUCACCCCCAUGAAACCCACGAAAAUGAAACAGUGGGCCGAUAAGGCUAGGGCUGCCCGACGAGCAUCUCAAGGCACUCCAAGAUCAAAUCGAAGCACAUCAGUAGCCAGUCCUUGGUUUGCCCCUCGUCGCUCGGUCCAAAUCGUACCAGAUAGUGAUGCAUCUAAUGCGCCCAGUGAGCCCGACGAGCAAGUCAAAAGUGUCGCCCAUAGGAUACCACGACUGAUCCCGGCAACACCAGAAAGGUCGCUUGGGAAGACGUUCAUUCGCUCAUCACCCUACGUUGAAGUCGAGACCCCGAAAUCCACAACGUCAACCCAGUACGAACCAGAUUCGCAGCCAAUCCUCGGCGGUCUUCGAACAAAAUACUCUUACUACGUGCCUCUGAAAGACUUGCAUGAGCAUGUUGGCACCUUGACCGACGUCCUAGUAUGUGCUUUGAGCUCGUCAGCCAUCACGAGAGCUGCAGCGGGGCCAAGAGACUUCGUGCAAUCGAUCUAUUUGACGGAUUGGUCCUUGCCAAACACCAAGAAAUUAGUGACGACAGCUCAAAUCUUUCGGCCAAACAAGCCUUGCUUUCCUCGUAUCCAACAAGGAGAUACUAUCAUAUUGCGGGAGUUUAAAGUCAACCCUUUCCACCACAGUUUUGCUCUUAUCAGCUCCGAGACAUCAUCGUGGGCCGUGUUUCGUCCAGGUGAAGACGUUCAGAUGAAUGGCCCUAUUGUCGAAUAUGGACCUGAGGAGCGUGGAUAUGUUUCAGGGAUGAGGAAGUGGUGGGGCAAGCUUGUCAGUGAAUACAAAGAGCGCCUUAUGGAUCAAGUGCCUCGGCACGAUACAUCUCCGUCCGUUCAAUCUAGGAAAUCAGAAGAGACAACGUCAAGCACCGGUCCACCUUCACGUGUGAACCCUGAGAUCUCAAAGGCCGCGUUGUCAAAUCGCGAGCCAGCAAUUUCAGCUAACAUUGGACCAUCCAAUAUCGUCACAAUGAAGGAACAGCCAGUCAAACCUACCACGACCAAAACAUGGGCAGAACGGGACGGAAAGCACCACAAGCAGGCCAAGUUUGCAAUACCAGAAAGGUGGACAUCUGCAUCCUUCGAACCUGGAAGUCCAACAGCCAAUGAUCAGGCCUUCAACUCCAUGGCAUCAGAAGAACAUGCAGCCCAAACGAUGCAACCGCAGUCCCCACGUGGUAAAGGCAGAGGCAAGACAAUCAAGAAAGAAGGCAUCAAUGGCAUGGGCGUGGAACUACCUGGCUCACAACGUAGCCAAACCGCGGAGAUGGACGACAAUGUCGCCAAAAAGAAGGGCAAGAAGACAGUCGACCCAUACAGCACGCAAGGACUUGCCAAAGAAUGGAUCGGUGACCUUUCAGCCGACGAGGACAGCGAGGAUGAGAAACCUACAACCAGGCGUAGAGCUAUGAAGACGAGAAAUGCUCGGGCUAAAGCAAGUGAGAGUACGGAAACAGAGGACGUAAUAGUCAAGACGAGACCGAAGCGGGCUACAAGAGGGGGAGAGUCAACUGUCGACGGAACGAUCAAAGGAAUGUGGUGGAAGAAGAUGUAG